AUGGAUAGACUUCCAUCGGAGCUCAUUUCGCGCAUAGUGCUACAUCUCUUGGGAGACGAUGAAGAAAACCUCGAGGGGAGACGCCCUAAUCCUUGGUCAAAGUCACCAUCUAUCGCCCAGUAUGCAUCCAUCUCGCGUUCGUGGCAGGACGCCGUCGAGAUGCACACCUUCUCCAUGGUGAAGGCCCGGAGCAACGACUUGUCCCUCUUUGACAGAGCCUUCCGGCGUGCCCACCGGCGACAGGCUGUCUCUAUCAUCGAGUACGACAUAGUGCUGCCACCGUACAGCAGGGCCCGGUCCUGGAAGCUUGAGCGGCCGCGCGAGCAUGCAGAAAACAUGGCCAUCUUCUCUCAGGCAGUCCACGCCAUCUUCAGCAGCCUACACGCGUGGCAGGUCGACCAGGAAGCGAUUCAUGGUGCUACGGGGAGCGUCGGCCGGCCUAUUCGUCUGACUAUAACGGUAGACGUGCGGCUUGAGGUGAGCGGCCUUGCAUCCAAUGGACUAGGCCUCUACCGUAUGGACGGCCAUUUUCUCGACUUCACUGAGCCGUGUUCGGCUCUCCCCGAAGUUCGGAGGGUUUCAGAGUUGGUCACCGGAGGAAUAGUCAGACCACUGCAUCCCAACGCGGCCUUCAGGAUGGUAGCCGCGCUUUCUAAUGUGAAAAACAUAUUUGUACACAUGCUGGAGCCACAGCUGAGGCGGGAAGAAAUGCGAAGAGAACAUCGUUGCGCUCUUGCACAGAAUAUUUCGCUAAUGAACAGCACAAAAUUCUCCUCGUUGAGAACGAUUUAUCUCACCCUGGACUCGGCUGAGCCUUGGAACCACAGUUUUACACCAAGCGACUGCCGCGACCCUACACAGCCUUCGAAAGACACUCUCAGUGCGGCUCUGCGUCUUAUAUCGCAGUCACUCCCCAUCACAGAGCUCACCCUUUACGGCCCCUUCAUCAUAUCAUCGGAACUCUUCUGGCCCAGUGACUCGCUGGCUCCAGAUGCCGCUCCCCACUGGCCAACAUUGCAAUACCUCACAGUCAACGCCAAUAUCGUCGCUCCCGACGGCACGUAUUACUACACAGGGACCGAAGAGUCAGUGUCAGAGUCAGAAGACGACGAUCCAUGGGCGUCCUCCCCAAACUCCGGCAAUAGUCCUAGGACGAGAACUAACCCCUCCACCGACGUCGAUGCUGCUGGCUAUAACAGCGAUGACUCCCAGGUACGCGACCCGAUUAACCGGGAUGACAUAACGCGGAGCAAUGGCGGGUUGCCCCCCAACAACUGGCGUCGAGAGCUAGACCCGGAACGCUUCGAUCCCCUCGUACUCGCCAUGUCACGAGCUUCAUGCUGUAUGCCGGCGCUGCUGGAACUGGAGUUUUACAUGGGCAUGUCGGACGCCCAGGGUCCCUCCGGGAUUAUGUUUUACGGCGCGGCAGAGCAGGAGGUGCCGGAGGUGCCGGGAGGGCUUCGAAAGUUUGAGCAUAUCAAGCGAAGGCGUUGGAGGGCUUACAUCGGACCUAAAGCUAAGUGGGAGCCUCCAGAGGAAGUGCUCGAUCUUUGGCGUCGAUUUGUGGGACCAGGGGGCGUUAUUACAAUGGACAAGUUACUUGACAGCUGGGAACCAAAAGAUGAGUCGGGUGGCUUUGAAGAGAUUGUAGACGGCCCAGAACCGCCCGAUAGCCCUUGUUAG